CGCCAGAGCCGGAGGGACUGCGCCCCAGGAAGGGCGUUGCCUGACCUGACCGGAGGGCGGAGCCCCUGCCGGCCGAUCCCCCUCCCGGGCCGUGGCUCCUCCCCUUAAAGGAGCCCGUGCGCUCCCCAGGCCUGGCAGGCGCUCGGGAGGAGCGGUGGCUUUAACUGCUGUAACGGUGCCGCUGUCGCUCUCCUGCCCCCGCCCCCCGGGCCCUAGUGGCUGGAACCCGAGCUCCCACCACUCCCGAGCCGUCCGGGCCAGAGCUGGACGAGUUGGAGGCCCGAGCCGGAAGCAAGCCGGAGUAGGACUCGCCUGCCAGCCCUGUGGCGCCUGGAAGCCCCGGCGAUGUCUGGUUCUCCUCCUGCCAUAGAUCUCUACAGUGUGUGGCCCCAGGGCCUCUUCUGCCUUCUGAAUUAAGGGACUGGCCUUGACCGUCCUAACCUGUGUCCUGUGAGCGACUGAGACUGAGCCGAGCCGGGAAGCGCCAGCCAUCAGUGUCCCUUGAGAAGUGACAGCACAGGAGAUCCUCCAGCAAGGGGGGAAGGGGAGGAAGGAAGGAAAAACAAAGGCGAGUGAGGGAGCGAGCCACAGCCAGCGCAGGAGCCUUUGCGCCGCCUCCCUGUGCCGGCCCAGGAUGUGUCAGUCAGAGGCGCGGCGAGGACCAGAGCUCCGAGCAGCAGCGAAAUGGUGAGAUGCUGUCCACCGCCGCGUCCUAACCCUACUGUGCCCCGCCACAGCCUCCGGAAGGUCAGAGUUCACCUCCGCCGGCCUCGCGGUGGAGGUCGCAGUGGGGGGCCCGGGGGUCAGCCCCCACGGCUGGAAGGGCCUGGCGAGGGCGGCCUGAGUGCCCUCAGUAGCAGAGCCCGCUUCAGGUUGCACUUUCCCCAGCUGGCCCUGCGGCGGAGGCUGGGCCAGCUGAGCUGUAUGUCCAGACCUGCCCUGAAACUGCGCUCCUGGCCCCUGACGGUCCUCUACUACCUCCUACCCUUUGGUGCCCUCCGGCCACUCAGCCGGGUGGGAUGGCGGCCUGUAAGUAGGGUGGCCCUGUACAAGUCAGUGCCGACACGUUUGCUGUCACGGGCCUGGGGUCGCCUCAACCAGGUGGAGCUGCCGCACUGGCUGCGCAGGCCUGUCUACAGCCUGUACAUCUGGACCUUCGGGGUGAACAUGAAGGAGGCUGCCGUGGAGGACCUGCACCACUAUCGCAACCUCAGCGAGUUCUUCCGGCGCAAGCUGAAGCCACAGGCCCGGCCGGUCUGUGGCCUGCACAGUGUGAUCAGCCCGUCGGAUGGGAAGAUCCUCAACUUUGGGCAGGUGAAGAACUGUGAGGUCGAGCAAGUGAAGGGGGUCACCUACUCGCUGGAGUCAUUCCUGGGCCCUCGCACCCACACAGAGGACCUACCCUUCCCGCCAGCGUCCUCGUGUGACUCCUUCAGGAACCAGCUGGUCACCCGGGAAGGAAAUGAGCUCUACCACUGCGUCAUCUACCUGGCCCCCGGGGACUACCACUGCUUCCACUCCCCCACUGACUGGACUGUCUCCCACCGGCGCCACUUCCCCGGCUCCUUGAUGUCAGUGAACCCUGGGAUGGCCCGCUGGAUCAAAGAGCUCUUCUGCCACAACGAACGGGUAGUUCUGACAGGGGACUGGAAACAUGGCUUCUUCUCAUUAACAGCUGUGGGGGCCACCAACGUGGGCUCUAUUCGUAUCUACUUCGACCGGGACCUGCACACCAACAGUCCGAGGUAUAGCAAGGGCUCCUACAAUGACUUCAGCUUUGUGACACACAGCAACAAGGACGGCAUCCCCAUGCGGAAGGGAGAGCACCUGGGCGAGUUCAACCUGGGCUCCACCAUUGUGCUCAUUUUUGAGGCCCCCAAGGACUUCAAUUUCAGGCUGAAAGCGGGGCAGAAGAUCCGCUUUGGGGAGGCGCUAGGCUCCCUCUAGGGCUGAUUCCUGGGUGUGGCUGCCGAGGGAAUCUUUCUACACAGGAGCAUGAGGGUCUUUUAGAGAGGCCCCGAGGGUGUCCAGGUGAGCACCACAGAGCCGUGGGGCUUCCACUUUGUAGGACCUGGAUGAUUUGCUCCUGCCUGUCCCAGAGGUGCAGACAAGAGGUUCUGGGUCCUUUUCACAAGGUGGCCAGAGCCCAUAUGCUCUAGGCUGCCCUACAAACCAUGUCAGUGGGGAUGAUCUGGGGCACUGUGGACUUCUUUUUAACGUUGUGUAAACUGGAGACCCCCCAUCUGGCUGAGGGUCCGUCCAGCUGGUCUCGGAUGGUUGAAGAUGAAGCGCUAAACAUGCCCUGUAGCUGCUCCUCCUGUCACGGGGCAGUUUUCUUUCAGCCCCGUGUGCUUUUUCUGGCCUUGCCCCUUGGCCUCCCAUAGUAAGGCACCUCCCUGGUAAGGACUGGACCCACCCUCCCCCCAGAGCACAAGGCCUUAUGACAGCUGCCUUCUGUUCCCGUACUUGCCUCACCCUGCUUGUUGGAAAAGCAGAAUCUUUCUUCUUCGUUUUGUUGGCUGCAUGCAUUGCCUUGGACUUUGCCAGUGUUUUCUGAGGAUGGUGACGAAUGACGCGGACCUUCACAGACCCUGAGGAGUGACCUCCCAGAGCCGGCCGAGUCCUCUCUGCAGCAGGCAGAACCACUUACUGCCCCGCUUGGAGGUGGCCGAGGCCUAGCUCAGGACCAGGGUGGGCGGUGGUGGUCCCUCUCCAGGUCCGGCCCUACAAGAAGUGGGGGCGGUUGCUACUCUGUUGGUGGUGGGUCAGUGCCUAGAAAACCUGUCCCAGGUGACAGGUAUGCAGGCCACGGGAGCCUACUGCUAGGCCCAAGGCGAGGUUUUGUGGUGACCCUGGGAACGCUGUGAAUUUCUCCUGCAGGAGAAGUCAUUGAACUUUUUCAACUGUAUCAGUAGCACAGUAUUUUUGUAUGAAAAGUGGGAGAUUUCUGAACAGUAAUUCAUUUAAUUGCAAGGCAUUUUGAAAU